GAGGUAUUUUAUAUUUACGAAGACCAAUAUGACCGAAAGUAGACUUCGACGAUCAACGAUUGGGAUGGAAUACCAAACAAUUAUCCUUAGCCAGUGCUUUUGGCGCGUACUUAAAAAUGGCUUAACUGAUUUUCUGGUAGCAGCUGAGUGGCCUGGCGCGGAGAAAUUCAACGACACUCUAGUCAGGUAUGAGCACCAUGGAGAAGGAGUAGUCCGCUUAUUACAUGUUGAGGACGAGCAAUCGAUUCGCAGUUGUAGGGUUCCUAAUAAAAUCAACCUGGACCAUUGGCUUAGUGUGAACAGAUCAGAUAAAUAUCGACUCGUGAAAUAUUUUCACUUAUUUCAAGAAAUCCAAGCUCAAUAUUUUUGUCAGUCUGAUUUCUUCGUUGAUUGCACCUUUCAAGAUUUAGUGCUUCUGACAAACGGUGAUGUUGACAAGAAAGUUAUCGCAGAGUAUUUCGAAGUGGACAGAGAAAACCCUUUAGAGAGUGAUGUUCUCCUCGGAAUUGAGGAUCAAAAUACGAAAAAGUAUAGAAUUAAAAACACAUUCAGCACGUUAACAUGCCAAUUAGAGCCACUUCUACUGGCCGAAUCAGACUUUUAUAAGUUGGUUGACGUACUGGCGGACUGUUUACUCUCGAAAAAACGAAUAGGUCUCCAGUUCAAAGUUUGCAGAGAUUAUCUAUAUCCUUUGAUAAAACACGUGCUGAAAUUUGAAAAGGACAAAGAAUCUUACUUCGCUUUGCUUUCGGGAAAGGUCAGGAUAAAAUCCAGAGAGCGACCAAACGAAGUGGACAUACUACGAACGGCGCUAUCUAAAGAUAUAGCAUUUCGGAUGAGGCGAGCCUUUAAAAUUCAAAUCCUGGAGACCCCUCCCGACACUCCUGAAAAUAAUGAAACCAUAAAAAUGACGCAGGAUACCAAACUGGAUGAAUUGGUCGAUCGAUUCGAAGCGGCUCUUCGCCCAACUGGGGACAUGACAGGCUCUCCUCUAUCAGAGGAUUUUUGCAAACGUAACGAGAUUGCUAGGGAAAUCGUUGAUUGUACGAAGAAAAGAUUGAACGACCAAUUCAUAAAAGGACAUCGAGAACUGUCACCAUCAGCAAAAGUCGUUAGGAGACUUCUCAUCGAGAAACUGAUAAGUGAUUGGGAGGCUGAAGAAACAUUUCAAACGGUUGCAUCCACACGGUUUCCAGCAACCAAAGGCUUUGUCAAUCGAUUUACACCUCAUAGUGAACCACAAAUUGAAGACCCAAUUGAAUUUGCACAGGAAAUUGCAGAUCUUGUAACAGAAUGUGAAGACGAUGAGCGAAAUAUUAACAUCACUGAAAAAUCCGGAAGUGGGAAAUUUAUUCGGAAUCUUUGUCAGCUCUCCGGUCAUGCUAUAGUGAGAGUAUCUUCGUGGAAUGAGUUUAGCGGGAACUUUAUAAAAGGCCGUUCAAUCUCAGAUAGUGUGAACAAGUUCCGGGACUCGCUGAGAGAACUUUUGGGGGAUGAAAAUUUUAAUUCCAUUCACAUUUAUAAGCUACACAUUGAGUUCGAUCCCUUCGAUGGUUACGAGGAAGCGAAUUUCUUCAAACCCCUGCCCCUCCCACCAACAUAUCAAUCUAUAGUUGAUUUCUAUGAGAAAUUCAGAUUAGUCAUUAAUUAUCCUAGUCGGAUGAAGAUUCGUCAGCUAGUAGGGGAAGAGCUAAGAAAAGUAGAACCAAAACUAGAUGAGGAAGGAUACACUAGCUUCCUGCUCGAAAGCGUAAAUAAAUGGAUAAUGGACAGUCCUGGCACUUUGUUUACGCUGAAGGAAACCAAUACUUUUUUACAGGAACUCAACGAGCACCUAAAUAUCUUCAAAAUAGAUGAAGUUAAUCCGUUGAACAACGUCAAGUUGACAGCGGAAGCACCGGAACACGUUGAAAUUCCGUCCAACCUGCUUAAAACGAAAUUUUCAGAACUCGAUUAUGUGAUCCAAAAAAGACUUUUGGAGGAGUCGAAUGUCAUUCUACAAGGCCAAAAAGUCAAACUGGGAGAUCUUAUCACUUCAGAUGCAGUGGACCUUAUUGAUGAAGAUACUUUGCUUAAGCUCCUCGUUUGUCAUAAUGGCGAGGAAAGUGAAAUUCGCAUGGGGAGUGGAAGACAAUUUGGCUUCUUGGUCUACAACUCUUUUUAUGUUAGCCGACGUAUAAGACAAAACUUCGUCGAUUGUUCCUUAUUCGAUAUUCCAAUUAAUAUCACUAACGGUGUCUAUUAUUUGCGAAAUGGCGAUCCAAGUGAUGCCAUCGUCGUGGCUAAUACCAGGAAAAGCUUUUCAAAUUUGAAGGAUCGUGAACUUGUCAAUUUUAAUGGUAAUGUUCACUGGGUUCAAAAUCUGCAGGGUGGUCUGAUAUGGCGAGACUCAAUUGGAUCCACUGAAAUAUUAACCAAGAUACCUGGACCACGGAAAACUACCUGGAGUGAGGAGCAAUUCUUAAGAGUAAAUGACAAUCGAGUCGUACUUGUAUGUGGCAUACCUGGUGAUGGUAAAUCGCGAUUGCUUGACAGUUUGUCUAAAGAGCUCCUCAAAGAGACUGAAGCUAUCUAUACAAUUCGUAUAAACCUUAAUAUGUACAGACAUUUCCUAGAUGAAAAACAACAAGAGCACAAGCAACUUCAACCACCUAAUUAUACCGAGUGCUGGGAGUUUCUACUGGAAAUGUCACAAUCACACGAGGAUACUAGACUAAAUACGCAAUUCGAGAUCAACCUUUUUCGGGCUUUAUUCGACCGUCAAGAAUCGGUUAAACUUCAACUGGUCGUACUCCUGGACGGAUUCGAUCAAAUACGUCCCGACCACCAAGAAAUCGUCUUAAACUAUAUGCAGCAUCUCAAAGAUUGUUCACACUUGCGUAAACUUUUCAUAACCGCUCAGCCUAACUCCUGUCAUUUACUUGAACGUUGCUUCAAUACACUUGGUUACGAAAUCAAGGAUCUGUCAAAUGAAGAUCAAAGAGAACUUUUCUGGCACUUGGUAGCCGAGAAGGGGCUUGAGAUCGAGGAAAGUGAAGCCAAGAAGUUCCUCAAGGAAGCUAGGCUGAAACUGUCUGAUGAAACUGAUGAGCAAUUUACCGCCAUCCCCCUUCAUCUGAAGAUCCUUGCAGCCAUCUAUGCGGAGAAACGACAGGAAGGGAAAAGCAACUUCAAUGAUUGUAACCAAUCUGAGUUGUUUGAAAUGUUUGUUAAGCAAAGUUAUGAGAUAUUUAUGGAAGACCAAAUGCAAAACAAUCAAGCAAAUGCAACUACCAGAGAAGAAGCGGAAGGAGCGUAUGAGACCUUCUUAUCACAACAUGAAAAGCUUGCACUUUGGGCACUAUACAACCCAGAAGACCUCAAGCAAAUUAUCAAAUCUUUCGAGGACUAUCAAGCUGAAGUUGAGGACCUUCUAAGGGAAAUUGAAUUUGGACAAUACAAAUUCGGAAUCGUUUUCGCAGUUAUUGACGGGAGACCUCAGUUUUCACAUCGUACUUUUGCCGAAUAUUUUUCAGCCCGGUAUAUUCACCGAUAUAUGGAGCGCUCUGCAAGAGAAGGAGGCAUGGGAAUUCUGAAUAUCAUCCUAAACGCGGAGAAUGGUCCUUUCUUGAUGUUCCUGAACAGUAUGAUUCCAGAGAACAGGAACUGGGUUUGCCAUGACCAGGGAUGUUCCCAGAUAACUACAGGAACAAUCUCAUCUACUCUUUUAAAUCUGUCGCAGUGGAGUGUAUGGAAAGUUUUCGAUUGUGUCUCUGACAUUUUGAAGGAAGAAUCCAGCCUGAAACGCCAAAUAUUUAUAGACAUCAUAGAAAGAUUUCCAGAUGACGUCAAUUACUUUAUGUUGCUAGGAUUCCUUCUGAAAUGGGACAUCGACUUAACCUGGACAACUCCGAGCGGAAAGACAAUUUCACAUUUGUCAGCAUCUGAAGCUAGUUCUUGGAAGGCAAGUUCCAGACAGGGAAAACAAUCACAAUUCUUCUAUCGACUGAACCAGAGAUUUAAGAUUCCUCUUUGGCUUAUAAAUUCCAGCAAGUUUGAUAUGAAAUUAUUCCAACCAGGCUUUUCUACCCUUGACAUUUUCAAAAUGUUGAUGAAAAUGGAAGCAAAAUGUACUGCAGAUUCGGACAACCUCACACCUUACCAUUACGCGGCAGCAUCUGGAAAUAAGGAUAUUUGCGAGGAAUUCCAAUAUAAAGACAUCAUUUCUGAUGUAGAUUCGAGACGGGACGCUUACAUUGAAGAAUUUGGUGCUACAACUCUUUUCGGGAAAGCACUACGAGCUGAACAAGAGCUGGAAAAGUGGCGCAUAUUAGAGAAUGAAAAAAACCCCGGAAACAAGCUUCAAAGUCGCCAAAAACGGAAACGGAAAAUUGCAAAAAUUUAAAUUGAAUCUUCAAAAUCUUCAAUUAGGAAUUUUCGAGGUUAGAACAUUUAAAGCAAUUGGUCACUCAUAAUAGUUUACAGGCAUUUCAUCUCUCAUCAAAACUACACACCUUUGUCGCCACUUCCCGUCGUAUUUGGGGGGACGUAUCGCCGACCAUGGUCUCAGAAAUACUAGUCGCGACCUAGCCAGAAUAAGAUGAUAAGUAAUUAAGCCAAAUUAAAUUGUCAUUUGUAAUUUCUGAAUAAAUUUAUGGAAAACG